AUGGGUAUGGUAACAGAGUCACAGUUCCAUGUUUUGGCAGUUGAUGAUAGUCUCUUUGAUCGGAAAAUGAUUGAGAGAUUGCUCCAAAAGUCUUCAUGUCAAGUAACUACAGUUGAUUCAGGCUCUAAAGCUUUAGAAUUUCUGGGUUUAAGCGAAAAUUAUUGUAUGCCUGGCAUGACUGGUUACGAUUUACUCAAGAAAGUUAAGGAAUCAGCAGCAUUUAAAAGCAUACCUGUAGUAAUAAUGUCAUCUGAAAACGUUCCUGCAAGAAUCUCCAGAUGUUUGGAAGAAGGAGCUGAAGAGUUUUUCUUGAAACCAGUAAAGUUGGCUGAUCUUACCAAAUUGAAACCUCAUAUGAUGAAAACCAAAUUGAAGAACCAGAAGCUAGAAGAGAUUGUGAAACCAGACGGUAAUGAAGAGAAUGCGGUUUUGAUACCGGAGAUAAAAGAAGAUUCAUCAGUAAUUGAGAUCUUGCCUCUCCACCAAGAACUUGAAUCUGAACAACUUGAACAAACAUUGAGUAGUAAUAAGAGGAAAUCGAUGGAAGAAGCGAUAUCUACUGAUCGAUCACGUCCUAAAUACAACGAUAUAACAACCUCGGUCUGA